GCCCUAGUAACCCGAUGCUGAGCCGGGCGCGACCACCCGCGCGGGGGAGAACGGCCUCUGCCGCCGCCACCGCUUCCGCCGCCGCGUCCCGCACCGCUCUGGGAUCUUUUCUCCGUCUUUUUCACCGCUCUCCGCCUGUGUGACGGUGUUGAGCGUGGGCGGCGGGGUGGUGAGCGGCGCCGGCGCGUCCGUCUCCCCCCCGGCCUGGUGCGGAGUUGGUCGGGCCCGAGAAGAUGUCGUCCGGGCACGGUGCGUGCGCGGGGGUCGGUGCGGUGGGCUGGGCGGGCCCCGAGCUGUCCGCCGCGCCCGCCGGGGCACUACCCUGCGGCGGACAUGCAGCCCCGCCGAGUGCUCGCCCUAGCCAGCGCCGGCGGGGAGAGGCGGCCUUCGGGAGCGAGAUGAGCGAGUGGGAGCGGGUGUUUCUGCAGAACCUCGCCAUUCCUCCCCACGGCCAGCGCAGACGGGCCCGCCUGCCGCGCUCCGCGGCGUUCCGCUGCGUCCUGAAGCACCUGGAAGGGGCCGCGCUCACCCAGGGAGCCGAGUACCAGCUGCGCCUGUCCCUUUUCGAUGCCACCCACCACCACUUCUUCGGGAGGACGUGGAGGAGCGGCCGGCGAGCUGCCCGCGUCACCGCGCUGCGCCCGGCCAGGGCGGCUUUCAACGAGACUGUUUACUUCCACACCUCCCUGAACCACCCCGGCAUCACCGUGGUCGUGGAAGUGGUGGUGGUCGCGGGGAAAGAGGACGGGGGCUCUCGGCAUCUCUCCUGCGGCUUUGGGCUCAUCCCGCUCUUCGGCAGCGGGUCGGAGGCUGCGGACCUGGCUGUCGAGGACAGAACGCUGAAGCUGUACCACGGGACGCCGCGCGCCUUGCUGCACCCGCGCUUCCAGGACCCCCUGGAAAAGAACAAAUACCUGACGGUGAUGGAGAAGAGCCACUUGCAGUACUCCCUGAAGCCCCACCAGCCCCUGGAGAUGAUAUUCCACCUCCUUCCUGAAAACCUUCUGAUGUCCGGGCUGCAGGAUGUUCCUGGCUUGCUGCCGGCUCGCGGGGACACGGGUGACCGCCUGCAGAGGCCGCGGCUGCUGAGCCCGGUCCCGCGCUACCUGGAGCGGCUGUCGGUGCGGCUGCACCCGUCCCUGGAGGAGUUCGAGGAGGAGCUGCUGGACCUGCUGAACAGCGACCGCUUACUGCAGGCCAACGCGGCGCCGGACGGUGACGGGCUGGUGGUUCGGGAGCGGCGGCUGCACGUCGGCGUCCACAACGGCCUGUGCUUCGUCCAGGCGCCGCAGGUGGCCGUGCUGGUGCCGGAGGCAGCGCGGGGCAGCUGCGCGGGGGUGCCCGGCUCCACAGCCAGGGCUGCGGGUCAAGCCCUGGUCCUGAGGAGCCGCAUCCACCUGGACGAGAUGGUCCCUCACCCGGCGAUCGGGGUCUGCUUCCUGCUCGAGUACGUGUGCUGCGCCGCGGGGAGAGCCGCUGGGAAGGCCCGCGGUGAGGCCGCUGACAUGCACUCGGUGCGCUGGGCCAUCUGGAGCCCCGUCCCCGGAGCCGGGGAGGCGCAGGUGGAGCUGCCCCUGCGAGGCGGACCCCGCCGCGGCCCCUGCCAAGCCCUGGUGUACCAGACCCCCCGGGGCGGCCGCGGCUCCCGCCAGGGGAAGCACGUGGAGUCUGGGACUGUCCAAUUCCAUGUUUCCACUGAUUCGGAAGAACAUCUUGUAACUGCUGCACAGAUCCUACGUAAAGACAGGGACAGGUUGGAGAAGCCUCCCACGCCGUCGCUGAGUCCGCCGGCCCCACUGCGCGUGGCGGCAUCGCCGCAGGGACCGGGGCUCCCGGUGUCCCAGCUCCCAUCCCCACCGCGGGGCAGGGGCCGGUCCCCGGUGCCAUGUGGCCGCAGCUCUUGGCAGGACGGGGCCAUAACUCACCUGGAAGCUGACCUGGGCUCGCCGGACGCCGAGCCUUGUGCCGGUGACCAGCUGCGGGCGCUGCCCUUCACCCCGCUGCAGGUGCCCGUGGCCGCUGUGGGGCUGCAGGCAGGCAGCUCCCACACGCCGCUGUCCCGUGCGUCCCUGGCGCGCCUGCACGCCGCCGGCUUCCCGGACAUCCUGGACCGCAACGGGGAGCCGGUGGAGAUCUCGGAGCCGGCGGAGCCGGGGAGCUUCAGCCUGCAGCUGGAAGAAGCCGACCCUCUGCAAGGCAAUGAAAUAACCCUGCAGCUCCUGGCCUUCGGCAGGGACGCCCGGGACAGCGAGGAGGGGACGUGGCCGAGGACCAUCUUCCUCACCUUCCAGUUCUACCGCUUCCCACCUGUCACCACGCCGCGGCUGCAGCUGCUCGGCAUGGAUGGCGGGACCGCGGCACAGCUCCUGCUCCGGGUGAACAAGGACGGGACCCUCAGCACCGGGCCACCGGGCUGGCAGCUCAGGUACCUGGUGGAUCCCGCGUUCCUGCGCGCCGGGGAGCAGCGCUGGUUCCUGCGGUACCUGGCCCAGCACAGCCUCCAGAUCGACGUCUGGGACGGAGACUCCCUGCUCCUCGUGGGCUCCGCUGCCCUCAGGCUGGAGCCCCUGCUGCGCCAGGGCCGGGCGGCCGUCAGGACCCACCACGAGCUGGAGGUGGCCACGACCGAGUACGAGCCGGAGGUGCCGGAGCUGGGCCGGGAGGCGCUGCGGCACGGCGCCCUGCGGCCCCUCGGCGUCCGCGUGGCCACCCGGGGCCGCCUCCACCUCUGCCUGGCCAACGUCGGGCACCCGUGCGAGGACACACCAGAGCAGCCGCCGUCCCCACGCCCAUCCCGCUCCUGCGCGGUCCCAGACGGCACCGGCAGCCGGUUCUCCCUGAGCACUGUCGCCGGCGGGCGGGUGUCGCGGGCGCGCAGGCUGGCUGAGGUGGACGGUGAGCUGGCGUCCGUGCUGUGCAGCCGCCGGCCGGAGCCCAGGCCGGUCCCCCCUGCCGUCUCCAGCGAGGCCGCGGCCGCCCGCCGGCGCAAGCUGCGGCGCAUGGCGCUGGUGCGGCAGCAGGAGGAUGCCGGCAGUGGGAGGACGCCCCAGCUCUUGGGCUGGCAGGAGCAACGUGCCCGGGACCUGCAGCUCGUGGCCGCCUACCGGGAGCACACGAAGGGUGAGAGCAUCUCGCGGGUGCUCAGCCAGGCCAUCGCCGCCACCCGCACCGUGCACGCCGUGCUGGGCACUGCUGAGUUCUUCGAGUUCACCCUGAAGAACCCCUACGGUGUCCAGCACACCGUCACCAUCGAGAUCGACCACCCUGAGCUCAGUGUCGUACUGGACCCGAGGGAGUGGCGGCACUUCAAGGAGCUGACGCAGAGCUUCUCGCCGGUGGAGGAGGAGAUGUUCCACCUCCGCGAUGACCUCAGGCCUCAGGUGUACCUGCGCCCCAACGAGACCGUCCGCAUCCCCUUCAAAUACCAGACCUUCUCCGCAGACCCUGCCGUCAUCACAGUGCAGGGGCCGGCGGGGCUGGGUGCCGGUGCCAACACGGCCACCUGCUCCCUGGGGAAGAGCGGGGCCGGGCGGACAAAACACAUCCAGGUCUCCUUCCAGGUGAGCGGGGGGAAGCCCAUCGCGCUCCUGCACGUGAACGUGGAGCCGCAGCCACACGUCGUGGACCAGACCUUCCGCUUCUACCACCCGGAGCUCACCUUCCUGAAGAAGACCAUCCGGCUGCCCCCCUGGCACACCCUCCCCGGCGCGCCAGUGGGGAUGCCGGGCGGGGAACCCCAGAUGUUUGUUCGCUGCAGCGACCCUGACAUCAUUUGCGAAACCAAAAAUAUGGGGCCCGGGGAGCCGCAGGACAUCUUCUUGAAAGUAGCCGGAGGACCAAGCCCGCAGAUCAAGAAGUUCUUUGUUGCUAUUUAUAUGGACGCCUGGCUGGCGGCGCCGGUGCAGAUCUGGCAGUUCUACGUGCACUCGCUGCAGCGGCUGGACGUGGGCUGCACGGCCGGGCAGCUGUCCCGCCUGUCCCUGCUGCUGCGCGGCACCGCGGCCCCGCGCAGGGUGCGCGCCUUCGCCUCCCACCCCCACGAGCUGCAGGUAACCGCGGUGAGACCCCCGGCCCGGGCAGGGCAGCCCCUCGGGAUGGCGAGCAGCUCACUGCGGAAAGCGCUUGCCGUGGAUCCGGAUGGCGCCUUCGUCCUCCCCGCCAGCGGCGCCCAGGAGCUGCGCAUCGGUGUGUGGCCGCGGCGCGCGGGCAGCCGCUUCAUCUACCUCAACCUGGUGGACGUGGAGUCCCACCAGCUGCUGUCCUCCUGGCUGCUGUGCCUGGCCUGCCGGCAGCCGCUCAUCUCCAAGGCGUUCGAGAUCUCGCUGCCCGCCGGCGGCGGGAGAGGCUGCAACAAGCGCAUCACCUACACCAACCCCUACCCCUCGCCGCGGCUCUACUUCCUGGGCACCAACCGCCCCGACCUGCUGCAGUUCAAGGAGGAUUCCUUCCAGGUGGCCGGCGGGGAGGUGUACACCAUCGGGCUGCGCUUCGCGCCCAGCCAGGCGGCGGGAGAGGAGGAGAUCCUCAUCCACAUCAACGACCACGAGGACAAGAAUGAGGAAACCUUCUGUGUCAAGGUUCUCUACCAGUGAGCCUGUGGUGGCACCGGGGCCGGUCCCUGCGCCGGCUGUGCCGUCUCGGCGUGUCCGUGUCUCUGACGGGGCCGUGAUGAGCCCUGCCACCUCCGGUCCCCUCCCCACGCCGGGAGCUCUCGCCGCCCGUCGGGGUCCCCGGGCGUUGCUGUGGGUGCUGGUGGUGCCGUGUGGCACAAACCACGGAGAGCCCAAUGUGUUGUAGCCAUGCGUUGUGCCUGCAGGAUGUCUUUAUUUUUCUAAGUGUUACUUUAUUUUUAGGCAUGUUGGAGUCUUUAUUUUUUAACUUGAGUUACAGAUCUGAUUCUGCAGAAUAUUUCUAAAGUAUUUUAUAUUCUAUGCCGAGUUUUGCACACACCGAAGCAAUUUUCAGGAGAUUUUUAAAAUACUUUUUACUCACCCUUGAUCAAUUAAACUUGCUGAGCAGAACUGACAAA